AUGGGGGUCAUAGGGAAGAAAGUGUGGAAUUCCCCUUUCCACACAACUGGAGCAGCAAUCCCACUGCGCCUUUACCGUGCUCGUUCUAGCAAACCGCUUAUAACAUGUCAUGCUGGGCCGUUUGUGACUUUCCUGCUGAAAGAUGUUACUGUUCCCAUGUUGGAAGUAUCAGGCUCCCGGAGGAAGCGGGCACAGCACCGAACCUGCCGGAGCAAGGAGUGUUUGGACAAGGUUCUCGGGCACGUGGGGGGAUUCUUGGGGUGCCCUGUGCAGGCCCAGGAGCUGGGGGUCCCUCCCAGCUCAGUAUUCUGUGGCUCUGUUUGCUUGAUUGCCACUGCUCCCACUGAGCCGGAAGAUCUUGAGUCAGAUGACUGUGCAUCCAUAUACAUCUUUAAUGUAGACCAGCCAUCAUCCUCUGUCAAUCAGCCAAUUUGUAUUCCUCGCCAUGGACUGCAGUCUCACUCCUCUCCUACAAGAUUUCAGAGUCACAAAAACUAUGAAGGCACUUGUGAGGUACCAGAAUCCAAGUACAGUCCACUAGGUGGACCCAAACCCUUUGAGUGCCCCAGCAUUCAAAUCACGUCGAUUUCACCCAACUGUCACCAGGGGAUUGAGGCCAAUGAAGAUGAAUUACACACAAAUGGCACAGAAAAUGAGUAUAUGGAAAGGCCUUCCCGGGACCAUCUCUAUCUUCCUCUUGAGCCAUCCUAUAGGGAAUCAUCCCUUAGUCCAAGCCCUGCCAGCAGCAUUUCGUCCAGGAGUUGGUUUUCAGAUGCUUCCUCUUGUGAAUCCAUUUCCCAUGUUUAUGAUGACGUAGACUCAGAGCUAAAUGAAGCAGCUGCUCGAUUUACCCUUGGCUCUCCCUUGGCAUCACCUGGUGGUUCUCCGAGAGGUCCCAGUGAUGAAUCGUGGCAGCAGCCUUAUGGAUUUGGGCAUGCCUUGUCACCUAGACAGUCUCCCUGUCAUUCUCCUAGAACUAGUAUUACAGAUGAGAAUUGGCUGAGCCCUAGACCAACAUCAAGGCCCUCAUCAAGACCUACUUCCCCCUGUGGGAAACGCCGACACUCCAGUGCUGAGAUUUGCUAUGCUGGUUCACUCUCUCCUCACCAUUCUCCAACUCCAUCACCUGGUCAUUCUCCUAGAGGAAGCAUAACAGAAGACACGUGGCUAAAUACUUCCAUUCAUAAUGUUCAAGGCCUUAACUCUGGCCUUUCACCGUUUCAGUGUUGUACAGAGACUGAUAUUCCUCUAAAAACCAGAAAGACCUCAGAGGAUCAGACUGCCACUUUAUCUGGAAAAAUAGAUAUCUGUCCUGAAGAGCAAGGUAACUUGUCAUCAUCCCUUGAAACUGCAGUAGAUGAUUGCUCUGGAUCUCAGCAUACCUUGAAAAAAGACUUGCCUGGAGACCAAUUUCUUUCUGUUCCUUCGCACUUUACUUGGAACAAACCGAAGCCUGGUCACACUCCUAUAUUCCGCACAUCUUCAUUGCCACCUCUUGACUGGCCUUUACCAAGCCAUUAUGGGCAGUGUGAACUGAAAAUAGAAGUCCAGCCUAAAACUCAUCACAGAGCUCACUAUGAAACAGAAGGAAGCAGAGGAGCAGUAAAGGCAUCUACUGGAGGACACCCUGUAGUAAAGCUGCUGGGCUACAGCGAGAAGCCGGUGAACCUGCAGAUGUUCAUUGGCACGGCCGACGAUCGCUACCUGCGGCCCCACGCCUUCUACCAGGUGCACCGCAUCACCGGCAAGACCGUGGCCACCGCCAGCCAGGAGAUCAUCAUUGCCAGCACCAAAGUGCUGGAAAUUCCACUUCUUCCCGAAAAUAAUAUGUCAGCCAGUAUCGAUUGUGCUGGUAUUUUGAAACUGCGCAAUUCAGACAUAGAGCUCCGGAAAGGAGAGACAGAUAUUGGAAGAAAGAACACCAGAGUGCGCCUUGUGUUCCGUGUUCACAUCCCACAGCCCAGUGGAAAAGUCUUAUCUCUGCAGACUGCUUCCAUACCUGUUGAAUGCUCUCAGCGAUCUGCACAAGAACUUCCUCAGAUUGAGAAGUACAGCAUCAACAGCUGCUCGGUAAAUGGAGGCCAUGAAAUGGUGGUGACAGGAUCCAAUUUUCUUCCAGAAUCCAAAAUUAUAUUUUUUGAAAAAGGACAAGAUGGACGACCUCAGUGGGAGGUAGAAGGGAAAAUAAUUAGGGAAAAAUGUCAAGGGGCAAACAUCAUACUUGAAGUUCCUCCAUACCAUAACAAAACCAUCACAGCUGCAGUUCAGGUGCAGUUUUAUCUCUGCAAUGGCAAGAGGAAAAAAAGCCAAUCUCAACGUUUUACUUACACACCAGUUAUAAUGAAGCAGGAGCACAGAGAUGAGGUGGAUCUGCCUGCAGUUCCGUCCCUGGCCCUGCCGCACGCGGGCAGCGUGCAGGGCCUGCACUCGAUGCGACCCCAGCUGCCUUCACCAGAGCAAGGGCACCCCCAUGACAGUUUGCUGUCCACGUCACCCAGGAGCCUCGUGUGUCCCGUCCAGCCCCCCUACACGGCCAUGGUGACCUCAGCAGUGCCACACCUGCCACAUAUGCAGGGUAGAAACCUCAGUCCGAGUGAAGAGUGUCAUGUUUUGCCUCCUGCUGUGGUUCAGUCUUUUCAGGUAACAUCAGCACCUCCUGUGAGGCCUUCUUACCAGCCUAUGCAGUCUAACGAUGUGUACAAUGGACAGCCUGGUCUUCCUAUGAACUCUGCCUCCAGCCAAGGAUUUGAUGCGAUUUCAUUUCCGCAAGACACGGCCGUACCUCACUUGAUAAAUCUCAGCUGCCAAGCUCUACCACCAGUGCAGUUCCAUUCUUCAAAUCCAGGUUCUGUGUCAGCAUCAAGUCCAGCAGGACACCCACUGGCACACGCAGCUCAUUCGGGACAGUCGUCGGCUCACCUGCCCUCGCUGGGGUACCACUGCCCGGGCACCGGGCAGGGCUCCGUCCCCUCUGCCAUGAGCCGCUCCCUCGGCCCGGCUUCUCCCCAGCUGCAGCAGGUCCCGUACCACUCUCCAAACCCAGCGGCCGCUUCUUCCCCGUCCCCGACAGCUUCCCACCCGCUGGGCCACUCGCCGCUGUCGGGCCCCUCUUCCCCCCAGCUCCAGCCUCUGCCUUACCAGUCUCCGAGCUCAGGACCCGCCCCGUCGCCGCCGCCCGGGAGCCGCUCGGGGCAGCACUCGCCGCAGGCCGCCAGCCCCGCGCUGGCAGCCCUGGGCACGGUGUCACCCCUGGGGCCCCACCCCGUGUGUGACUCAUCUCCCUUUGCACCCGAGGGGGCAGCUGUUCACAUCAAACCAGAGCCCGAAGACCGGGAACUGAAUUUUCAAACCAUAGGACUACAAGACAUCACACUAGAUGAUGACAGUUUUAUCUCUGACCUGGAAUACCAGCCAUCAGGUUCAACAGAGAAAUGGACUCAACAUUCAGCACUCAUGUCCAACUCCUAUGUGGAAAAUCUAGAGGUGAAUGAGAUCAUAGGAAGAGAUAUGUCACAGAUCUCAGUGUCACAUGGAACAGCAGCGGCCAGCCAGCCUGCACCUCCAUGUCCUGGAUCUCUGGAGACGAGAAUAUCUGAUGGAAUCCAGUAACGGAUAAGCUAACCACUCAACAUCCACGAAAACUUCACGCUUUCUCUGAAUAUUUCUUCAUCCUCUUCCUCUUUAGACUUACUGUGCUUCCAACUCUGUGGCCUUUAUGAACUGGAACAGUGGAUCCUUGCAAAGCCCUUUUAGUGGGUUACAUUUUUGAUGUAGAGACAGAGCAUUUUAAUUAUAGUUCCUCAGAUGCUGUAAAGAGACUUCUUAAAAUGGACACACAGAAUCUACACCAGAUAUUUUAACUGUUUUAAAGUUACAAACAAGCUUUGCUUUUUGCAUUUAAAUAGAAUACUUUUAUAUUUUAAGUGCUUCAGAUGUGUGGAGAUGUUAGUUUGCUCUUAUAAUAUUCACAGUCUUGAACGUGGAAGAUUUAAUGCACAUCUUCAGUGUGCUGCUUGCCCUUAGAGGUAGUAUAGUUUGUAACUGAUGAUUUGUAACACCUUUUGGUCAUUUUGGAAAGCCUUUAAAGCUUCUGUUGUUUAAUUUUUUUCUAAAUAAGACCUUCCAGUGGCAAAUCAUACCUGUCAUCUGAAGCCAAUGCCACCGGAAGCCAUUGUGUAUAUGAAUAUUGUAGCGUUUUCUUUCUUAGAUUCAUAGGAAGCAAAGCCAAAUGUAGAUCUGCACUUGUUUAUAAACUGAAGAUGUUACUUGAUAGGCUGCAAAAAGACCAUUCCAUCAUGAAAGUGUUGGGAUAGAAAUUACAUUCCAAAAUUUAACUUUUAUAACUUUGUGGAUAAUCUUCCUGAUCUUUAUUAGCACAGGCUCCUUCUUGAAAUAGCUUUUUUCUUAGAAAGUUACAUUUGUAAUCAGAUUUGAGCAGUAGGAUUUUAGGUUAAAGAACAGCAACAUCAAAGCCAUGUUAGAUACAGGAGAAAAUUUAAUGUUUGCUGAGGAUCUGAAUGUUCCCAUUAAUCCUGCAGAAUAUGGUUUUGAAAUCACCAAUUCAGUGGCAUUCAAGUUUUCAAUGCAAUAAAUCAUUUGAUCACAUCUGUAUCUUUUAUAUGCUGUAUGGCUGACCAUGCCACUUGGAAGUCCUAAGGAGAUGAAAGUUACAGUUCCUUCAAUUCAGGCUGUUUGUAAAUGUCAGUUUGCUAAAAAGUAGUUUACUGUGAAUUAGUGGUUAGGGAGUAUGAUGUGUCCAUGCUUAAUUUUAAAGGUGUAAAGCAGGAGUUUCCAAAGAAAUACUCAAGAUUCAUCACAGCAGCAGUAAACUCCAUGCUGUGCUCUGAGGAUGUUUCUCCCCUAUCUCCAUAAUCUGAUGAAUUUGAAACAUUCUAUGUCAUUAUUUAAAGAUCUCUGGCCUUUCCAAUUAGACACUGUGGAGAGGACCCCACACUGCUUGUGGAGGUCACACACUUCCCUCCCCCAGGAAUCACAUUAACAGAGCUUCCCUCCGUGGAACACACAGGGUACACCAGUCAUGGAAAGGAAGGUCAGCAGUACAUGGAACUCAGAACAGCCAAGGUGUUCCUACUAGUUGCUCAUUUGGGUGAGCCAUGACAAUCUAAUCAAAAUUAAGAGUGAAUUAAAAUAAAGAAGUAGAAAAUUGGAAAGUAUAUUUGCAUUGAUCCAAUUCAGACAAGUGUGGCCAUUUUAGCAGUUUAGCACAUGGGGAGCACAUACCCUCUAUAGACUUCAAGAGAAUGAAAGGGUCUGAGAGCAGUGUUGAGUUUUAACACCUGGGAGAGUAAACACAGCUUCUGCUGAUGUUGCAUUUUGGCAAACAGUGGUGGGGGAAACUUUCCAUUGAGCUUUUGCUGGCAGAACCUUACACCUGGGGGAAGUCAGUGCCCAAGCAAUACCAUUACAGUAGCUGUAAUCACAUCUCUGUAAUAGCUGAAUCAUGAACUUUUAAAGACCAUAUAUUACGUGGGUAAAACUGUAGUUUUAUCAUGUCCUUCUUUUUAAGAGUGCAGCCUGAGGCUAUUAACUUGAUGUUUCAUAAUUAUUUCAAACAAUUUACUGCAAGGCCACUAUGUACCUGCUGGGAAUCUUAAGCAUCCUUUUUCUGAAUGUACUGUUCAGUGGUGUAAAUCUUGACAUUUGCAGGAAAUAAUUGGCAGGGCUGGAAUCUGAAAAGCGUGAUAUUGUAAUUGUCCCUCAGCAAUGGUGCUUUACUCUGUCCUCUACUCGUGUACAUUGAAGAUCCUACAAAGAACUCACAUGCUCAGAAUUACAUCUACUUAUGUUUUUAACACCUUCAAAACAAACCAAACCACACAAUGCUGUAAACUAUGUAAUUGUCUCAGAGUGUGUGUUGGUGGCAAGGCAUGUUCCAGUUUUCAUUUAUGUAUUGGGUCUUUUGCAUUAACCAUUGUUUGUAGGAGAAUUCUGAAUGAAAAGCUUUUCAUAUUGUAUGGGAUUUAUGCUCCUUUAUCCUGCUGGUACAGACUCUCCUUGCAAGUUCUCCAAGUAGCUGGAAUUCACACUGUACCUAAAAUAUAGGAGCCCAAACAAUCCAGAGUUGCUAUGCACUAAAUUUUCUGAUGCCUUUAAAUACCUUGAUGCCUGUAGACAUAGAAAUGCUUUCCUAUUUAAAAAUGAAAUUUUAAAAAAAUAUAGCUUUGGAUAUUAAAGCAGUUUUGUAUUUGCCUUGUAAAAGCUUCAAUACAAGGGUCUUAAUUUUGUUUUAGCUUGUGUGAUAACGUAGAUAAAGACUGUUAAUCUUCUAUAAUUUUAGUGGUAUAAAAAGCACACGAUCUCUAUUGGACUAUGCAAAUUUAAUUAAACAACAAAACCCGGCAACUGUUAAUAUUUUGUUGGCAUCCACUUCCUUGUCCUUAAGUCUUGUCUUCUCCCUGAGUACUUUUCCAAAAAUUUUUAAUAACUUAGAUUAUCCUGAAGGAAAGCCUUAAUGAUGAGGUCAAAGAUCAAUGUUUAGGGGAAAAAAAACAAAGGGGUAGCAUAUUAAUCCAGGGGGACAGGGGUGAGUUCUGAAAUUACCAUCAACUAGCAAUCUGAAUUUCUGUGGUAAAACUUACCUAUUAUCAGGGGAACUGCCACCCUUUUUAAACCAAAGAAUGAAAAAGCAGUUUUGUUCUGAUACAAAGCUUUGAAACUCUAUUUUUGAUACUCAUAAUGGAUGUCAUUCCUUGAGGUUUGGAAAUCGUUCAAAUUGAAGUUUUAUAUUUAAAAAUGUGGGACAAUAAAGAUUAAGUUCUAGAUGUUUACAGAGCCUUGUAUUGUAAUUUCAUGUACAUUUUGUAUUUUAAACAUUUUUGUAAGUUAUGAUUGCAGUGCUACUUGCAGAAAUAAAGGGAAAAACUUGCAUUUAGGCUCUUAAGUCAUAGUGUUCAAAUAAAUAAAAAUAAUGCAAAUGCAUUGUCAUUUAUUUAAAAUGCAGAACCAGACACAUGGGAAGAAACUCCAUUUGUGAUGCAGCAGUAACCAGCUGUGUCAGGCUGGGACAGAGGAAAUGAGGACAUUGGAUAUUCUCCCUGGAAGAGUGGUGAUUUUGAACAAUCUGAUAGAGAGUGUGGGGCUCAGAUUAGAGCCAGCACCAGUGAACCUCCACCUAUGUAAGAAGUGUUCAGCAGUGCUGGCAGAGUCUCAGUCUGCACAAUACUGCUGCUUCCCCAUUUGCGAGUGUCAUUGUUUCAAUUAGACAAUCACAAGAUUAUUUUGAAAGAUUUUUCCAGAAAUAAUUAUUCAAGGAAGUUCAUAAUAAACAAUAAUUUCCAUUCCUGAAAGGAUAUUGUCCUAGGCAAGAUGUAGUUUCUGAAAUUGUUUCUGAAAUAAAUGUGAAAUUCCAGCAAAGUUUACAUUAUUUGCCAAAUCCUGGCUGAUCAAGCAGUACCGAGGGAAGUACCUGUGGGCAAAGUUAGGCAGGCCUUGCAAUGUGUACCUCAUCUCGGUGAUCUUGGAGCUACUGGACAGGUUUUUAUCUCCCUUGCAGUUUCUUACCGGGCCCUUUCCUUCCCCCUGGAAUCCCAAUGGGUGUGAAACUGUUCCAAACCGGACAGGGAAGCAAAAGCUGCGGCCGGUGCUGACCUGGCCGGGAGAGCAGGAGCAGGGGCGCGGGGAUCGCGGCCAGGCUGGGAUUAGCCUCCCUCGGAGCGCCUGUCCCGGCCCAUUACCUUCAGCGCUGCUGUCAGCUAUAAAUACUCCAGAAAGGGGAUGCUCAAGUGCCACCAGCCGAAUGCGCGGUAAAUAUAGCCGAGGUUUAGUAAAAAUAGCCCCGGCAGUUUGAGAGCUGUUCACAUGUUCUGUAGGGUGAUUACCCAGGGUAUAAUUAGCACACACCGGCACCAGCAAUAAGCCAUUGACUGCGUCUCCUUUGCCGUCAUUUCAAGCCGCCUUUCAGAUGCAAAUGGGCCGGAGGCUGUUCGCUCGGGAUGAUGGGGUGGGACAGGACAGGAUCUGCAGUCACGCCAGGGCGGGUAAAGCUCAGCACGGACACACGCACUGCUCUUGCUUUAUUCCAGGCAGGGUGAAAACGUCACUUCUACCCUGCAAAAACACUGGUUUGGUGCUCCAGGUAAUCAGAGAGGAGGAAUGUCCUGCUAAAACCAGUUCCUUUAGAAGAGUAACCAGAAGUUUGUCCAUUUAGGUAACAAACCCAAAGGGAAUGCUGGCAGAAAUCAAGGCUUUUUAAUUCUCAUAUUUUAUCCACUAUUUCCUUACAAUAUUCAACAAUGUUACUUUUGCUGUCUUCUUCUGCUGCUUGUUUCUGGAUCUCUCUCUCUCCCUACCUAACUCAAAAUACCACUGUAUGCUCUGAGUCCACCAUGUGCUCCACUGCACUGAAUAAGGUGAGGGCUGAGCUGUUUUCUCCCCACCUU